UCAGUGUCUGUGUSWCACAACACAUAUGAUUAUAAUACCAUAUAAGACACGAUUUGGAGGUUUUAUUGGAUCAAAUUAAGUGAUAGGAUAUAUCCAUAUAUAUAUGAUAUCUCAUCGUCAUCGGUGGUAACAUUUUGGAUAACUUGUUGAUUGACUGACCAAAAAUUGUUUCACCAGACAAAAAUAAAAUGGUGUUCAUGUGGUGAUCGGGACACUCGUCAUCUGAUCCAUCCAUCCAUCCAUCUAUAUAUUGCAUCCGCACAUCAUAUCUCAAUCAUCACCUGCCGACCCAAGUCAUGGAYCUAACGGCGGCCAAACAAUUGCGAGACAAGAGGAACCGUAUCCUCGAGCGGGAGACCAAUGAACUAAAGGACGAACUGUGCGCAAUGCGACACAUUGUCCACCUGUUGGACAAUAUUAAACGGGUGUCCAGCGAUUGUAUCAAUUUCUUACAUUUGAUGGUCGACGCGGCCAUCCGUACGGACAGCGUACAAGUGGAUCAACUGCGCGACGAUGUCCAGGAGCUGGAAGAAGAGCUAAAAACAUGGGAACGCAAGUAUCAGAUGAUGUCUUCUAUGUCUUCAUCGUCGUCGGGAACGGCGGCGUCAAUCACUUUGCCAAACAAAGAGCACAACUAUAGCAGCUUUCGUAUGAAUCCGGCGCUGAAGGCGCUGUUCAACAAUAGCCACAACAAUAGCAACAGCAAUACAACCAACAAUAACAACAUUACCGCAAACAAUAGCAACAACAAUAGCCAACAAGCAAACGACCAGUCGGUUAUUGACGACGAAAACGAUGCUAACGACAGUAUGGAUCAAUUUGAAGAUCAGUCGUUGAACGGCAACUACUAUGAUAGCGAUCAUAAUGAUGAUUGCGGCGGCGGCCAGUCGUCUACACAGAACUCGAUGGUACUGAUGCCUCAGGAACUGUGCGAAAUGUCAAUGGAAACCAACGAUAACGACCAGAUAUUGAUUACGUCAGCCGAUGCAUCGCCAACGCACGGACUUGAUUUGGACGGCAGCGGUCUGAACGAUAUGUCCGGGAAAUCGUUGUUUGAAUGCGAUUGGAUGGGCUGCGACUUCAAGACCAAUAUGCGUCAGCGACUAGUAAUGCACAAACGUCUGCACGCCGGCGAAAAUCUGUACUCGUGCGACAUCCAAGGUUGCGGCUAUCAGUCCAACUAUAAGGGCAACAUCAAGAUCCACAAGAAACACCGUCACCGGAUCGACUCGGACGACAGCAAUCGCGACUAUACAACUACCCGAUCGAUGGCCGCUGCAGGCGGUAGCAGUGGUGGUAGUGGCGGUAGCGGCGGCGGCGGUGGUGGUUCACUGUCGACAAGCGGUGCCGCCCAUACCAGCAGUGGCAGCCAUCUGCACCAGCUGUCUACUCAUCACUCACACAAUCUUAGCCAACAUUUAACCAAAAAUAGCAACACAUUUGCCUCGAAUAUCAUUCGCAAACGAAAACGUAAGAAAAAGUUUCGUUUUACUAUUAAUCGRUCGAAUCCAGUGGCCAGACCUCAUGUCGUUAGUGCCGGUCAAUUGGCCCGCGAACAGGCCAUCAACAACAACAACGAUGAUGACGACGACGACGAUGAUGAAGCCAAAGAGGAUCGUUCGGAAGCACUGUUUACCUGUAAUAUCAAAGGUUGUUCGUAUCGAUCAAAAUGGAAACAAUGUCUGACUGCUCACCAGCUAUUGCAUGCGGGAGUCAAGCCGUUCAAGUGUGACCAUCCGGGAUGCAACUAUCGGACCAAUUUCAAGGGCAAUGUCAAUGUUCACAAACGAGUUCAUCGGGAAAGUCAAUAUCAGUGUCAGGUUAAUGGUUGUCAGUUUUCGACGCCGUGGAAGAAUUCGUUUAAUCAGCACCAAAGGAAUCACCAGUUGACCACAACAACAGCCGAAUCGUCGCCUGUAAAUAUGACCGAUGGUCUUAACAUCAUCAACAACAACAACAAGACGAACAACAACAACAAUCAUCGUUUGAUGAACAACGAUGGUUACGAAGAACAGAAUAGCGACGAAAACGACUUCUACGACGGUCUCGACGAUGAAUAUCCCGAAGAGAAUUCGCUGAGCGGCGGCCAUACUAGCGGUGGCGACCAAAUGAUGAUCACCACUGGUGGCGGCGGCAGCGUUGACGGCCAAUUACCGCCCAUCGACGCACUGGUAUCAUCGCGAAAAGUUCUACAAUCGGUAAUGCCAGUGACCGCUGUCCAACAGCACAUCUCCAGUACAAACAACAAUAUGAUGUCGACGACGACGAUAGCAACGCCGACGAUGGCCGGCGAUCACAAGAAUCCGAUGACAGCCAUACAAACCAAUGCACAGCAACAACAACAACAGCCAUCAGCACUUGUCAUCCAUCCGAGUCUGGUCGGAGGUGUCAUCAAAACCAUCAAAUCGGAGAUCUAAUCAAUCAAUUAGUCCAUCAGUGUUGUUGUCACUCUCAUCGCCUCAUUAUUAUUAUAAUUACCGUACAUUGCAUCGACUCUCCCACACAAUAACAUAUAUAUAUAUACAAUAUAUAUAUAUGUAACCGAUUCAUCAUCUAUUGU